AACAUGACCGACACUCUUGGAUUUAGUGAACAUGACAAAAAAACAUCAGAUCUGGAUAGUGCUGGCAGAGAAUUGGAAAAAGCUAUAUCCGAAGUACAUUUUAACGAGAAUCAUGAUCUUCAUGUUCUACAAAAGAGUGAAGAACCGACGGAGAGACCCAUAUUAAAAGCAACUUUGUAUGAUAAAUUAAGGUACUUUAGAUGUUACACUUCGUCUCCAGCAAGGGUGCAAUUUUACUGCCUGAAACACAAACACUUUCAGACGUUCGUGUUUUUCCACAUAAUUAACGUCAUUUUCAAGUCAAUACCGAGUGUUUAUGUUUACAUGUUUUAUAGCCAAUAUUCUGCAAAUAAUCAGUUCUUUAUUUCCAAGAUGAUGCCUAUAGCACAUGGUUCAACCUUUUUUUUUAUAACGACAGCUGUCUUAGAACUUAUCAUCGUCAUACAUAGGACGGCAAUGUAUUUGGACUAUUUCUUACUGGGAAUAAUUUUAAAGAGUCCAUGGAACAGGUGUGAUUCCUUUAAAACCAUACUGACCAUAUCUAAUAAGACAAUGCGGUGUUACCAAAUGGCAGAGUUCACUGCAAUGUUUUCUAACAAAACAAUUACCUUCUCUUCUAGAGGAUAUAUAUCGGAAAGUGGUGAAGUAUUUCAGCUGUCGCAAAUCUACUACUUCAUACUUCGGGAAAGUAUUAUGUUGAAAUGCGACAACAUAUUCUGUGGACUAUUUGUGUUACUAUGGAUUUUCGCGGCUCUUUCUUAUAAAGUGUUCUACAAAGAAGUAUUAUGGAAGGUACUGAGAGGAGCUCACUUUUUACUAAAUUGUAUUUUAGUGGCUACGUUUGUGCAUCUGUCGAUCGUUCAUUUCGAUAGAGGAUUUAAAAUAUAUACUGGAUAUUAUCCAUCAUUUGCAGAUUAUGAUAUAGCUGACACGGAUUUCCUAUCAGAUUCAAUGACGGCGCCUCCGAUUGUUCAAGUUUUGACGUCCAGAAGUAGUAACGAAGUUAAGCCUGUCCUUGACAGUGGUGUUAUGGUACUUUCGAACACAGUAUAUUAUCUAUUUAGAGGAUUCGUUACUCACUUGCUUAAACUAUAUUGUGAGGAUUUGGCCAAGGCAGCCUUAUUGGAUGGAUUUUUGGGUCCUGUGUCGUUCUUCUACAUGUGGCCUAUUUAUUUUAGUCAAUUUAUGUUUGGGCAUUUUUAUGCAGUGAUGUUUUUCUGCUUAAGUUUUAUGGUGGAAUACACGGUUGCUAUUAUAACCUUUCAAUGUUUAAUCGAAGCUAUUGUGAGUGAAUGGCGUUGGCUACGACACUGGAUGGUUUGUGUAGGAUUGAUGUUUGGAGGAGCACUUAUGUAUUGGUUGACUCCCUUAAUAUAUAUCGAAUCUCAAGCACCCAGGAAUCUAAGUCGAUAUGGAAUUGAGAAGUCAGAGUAUAACGCAUACAAAUUGAAUCUGUGUUACGAAAUACUAAGCAGUGUAAGUCGCGAGAAACAUCGGAAGAGUUUAUAGGAUGAUACCAUGAUAAUUGGAAAAUUAAAAAAAAAAAUCCUUAAUGUAUAGUAAAACCUUAUUUUAUUUAGUGCAUUAUAAUAUCCUAUUAA